UAGUUCUCUGAAGGCUUUAAAAAAUCUUCAGAGAACUAUACUGAGCUAAGAGCUACGAUUAGAAUUUAAUUUCGAAUUAGAAUUUAGAAUUUAAGAGCUACGAUUUUAAUUUUACUUAUAAUAUAUGUAUAUGUAGUUGUAUAGAUUUAUACAGUCAUAUAUAUAACUAACCUAACCCAGCCUAAUGUAAUUUAACCCAACCUAUACAUUCAUAGUUUACAGUGCAAUUAUAAGAAUUUUUGAAAAAUUAUGUAGGAUCUUUAAGGUGCCCUCAUCAGUCACCACUGCGUGUACCGGCUAGGUACGGCAUUGGCAGCAAGCUAUGACGUUAGCUGACGCAUGUGCAUAAAGCUCUCGCGUGAGAUAAAAUCUCAUGACUGCCCAACACUGCCGGUAGUAUAAGCAGUCGACUAAUUGUAAGACAUGUUGAAAAUAUGUCGGCUAUGUUAACCGCGGAUUGGUUUCCUUUGGGCAGAGAUGUAUACUUUAGAAAGUUUGAAUUGUAUCCACUAUCUUUUCAACACGAAGUUUCGAGUAAUAAUCUUUUAGUAGCAGCUCCUUAUGGAGGUUCUAUUGCAAUUACCAGAAAUCCAAAGAAAUUGGUUAAAGUUCAAGGAGUCAAUAAACCUAUGAUAUAUUUGUACACAUCUUCUGGAAAAUUGACAGCCAAGCUACAAUGGGGUGGUGCUCAGUUGGUUUGUUUAGGAUGGUCUCAACAAGAAGAAUUGUUAUGCAUACAAGAUGAUGGUAUGAUUCAUAUAUAUGAUAUGUUUGGCACUUAUCAACAUGCAUUUACUAUGGGAAAUGAAGUAAAAGAUACCAAAGUUGUAGAAGCAAAGCUUUUUGUCAGCUACAGCGGUACAGGCAUUGCAGUUUUGACUUCUACUAAUCGUGUAUUCUUAGUGAAUAAUGUGACAGAACCAAAAGUCAGACAAAUAUCAGAAAUUCAUAGAUAUGGAGGUACCAUAGAUUGUUGGUGUUUAGUACAUUGCGAUAGAGAAACCCGUGUGAUUCUAUCAAACCGAGAUGGAAUAUUUAUUGUUCAUCAGUUGUAUCAAAAUACAGUCCAUAUACCAUUUGACAAUCUCUUUAGCAGACACAAUAAAGUGAGCAGUGUAAUAGCUAUGGCUGUGUCAGGAAAUAAUCGUCAUAUUGCUCUUUAUACAGAUACUAGUCAUUUGUACAUAGGUUCUAUAGAUUUCAAGAAAAAAUAUUGUGAACAUUACACAAAUAUGAAAGAACCAUUGACAGAUAUGGCAUGGUGUGGAACUGAGGCUGUAGUAUGUAGCUGGGACAGUACCGUGAUGGUGGUCGGUCGAACAGCUGAAAUAAUAGUAUAUACUUACGAUGGCCCCGUACAUCUUAUUACAGAGAUUGACGGUGUGCGUGUACUGUCUGGUUGUUCUCAUGAAAUGAUACAAAAAGUACCGAGCGUUGUUCAAAAAAUAUUUGGAAUUAAUUCAACUGAUCCAGCAUCUUAUCUUUUGGAAGCUUCUAAACAGUUUCAAAAGAAAAGCCAUAAAGCUGACAGUUAUAUAGAUCUGGUUAAAGAUAAAUUAGAUGUAGCUGUAAAAGCUUGUAUUGAUGGUGCUGGUCAUGAAUUUCAUUUUGAAACGCAAAAACUUUUAAUGAGAGCUGCCAAAUUUGGAAAAGGAUUUAGCAAAACAGUUAAUCCCGAGUAUUAUGUUGACAUGUGUAGAACUCUAAGGGUCUUGAAUGCAGUCAGACAUCCUGCUAUUGGAAUUCCAUUAACAUAUACGCAAUUUACUGUUCUGACGAGUCAGGUAUUAUUAGAUAGACUCGUUGCAAGAAGACAUUAUUAUUUAAGCAUACAAAUUGCACGACAUCUUCAAUUGCCUGAAAUUGAGGGAGAAAGUCGAAUAUUGGCACAUUGGGCUUGUUACAAAGUAAAACAGACACAGCUAGAUAAAGAACAAAUAGCAGAAGAAAUAGCUGAUAAAUUAGGAUACGCGCCUGGAGUUUCGUACAGCGAAAUUGCUAAAAGAGCAGCUGAUUGCGGUCGAAAACAAUUAGCUAUCAAAUUGAUAGAUUAUGAACCACGGGCACAUCACCAAGUACCGCUUUUAUUGACCCUCGGGGAAGAAAGGGCUGCUUUACGUAAAGCCGUUGAGAGCGGAAAUACAGAUUUAGUUUAUACAGUGAUACUUCAUCUUCGAGAGAAUAUGACACUUAGCGAUUUUCAGAUGUCCAUAAUCCAUUGUCCUUUAGCGAUGGCCUUGUACAUUAAGUAUUGUCAAAACCAUAAUCGGGAAACUCUUCGUGAUAUUUACAAUCAGUAUGAUGACUUUCAUUCUCAAGCGAUAUGGUUUAUCACCGAAAGUUAUCAGCGAAAGAAUGCAAUGACAAGAGAGGCAUUAUUGCAAUCAGCACAAGAAAAUUUCAAGUUAGCCCGUAAUUAUACAAACGCAGCUUUGACGGAAGAACAAAUAAAAUUGUUGCGUUAUCAACGAUCUCUAGAAGGCGUAUUGCAUGAAUCGAUUGUUGGGAAACCGCUUCAUGAUACAGUACAGAUAUUAUUGUUACACAAUGAAUUGAAAUUAGCAGAUAAAUUGAGAUCAGAAUAUCGAAUAUCAGAUCGAAGAUACUGGUGGUUGCGAAUACAUUGUUUAGCAAAACAGGAUAUGUGGAUUGAAUUAGACAAUUUUUCCAAAAGCAAAAAGUCUCCUAUUGGUUAUGAGCCAUUUGUAGAUCAAUGUUUAAAAUACAAUAAAGAAAGAGAAGCAAAAAAAUAUUUACCUAAAGUAAGAGACGAAUUAAAAGUAAAAUAUUUUGUCAAAUUACAAAUGCUAAAUGAAGCAGUUCAAACAGCAGUAGAACAAAAAGAUGUUUCUGCGUUAAAAUUUAUUUUGGCGCAAUGUAACUCUUCUGAUAAACAGUUAGUUGAUAAAAUUAAUAUGCACAUAACAAGCUUUAAAAAUUGACACUCUGUUAACACGAUUAUGAAUCAUUGGUUAAAAAUUGAAAUUUAUGUGUAUGUAUUUAUAAGAAACACCAUAAGGCGCGCAUUCAUUAACAAAUAAUUUUUUAAAUUGGUUUAAAUUAAAAUAAAUGUUAUAUAACAUUUUUCUUAAAUAUA